AUGUCUGGUUCGCCGUCCAAGAAGCGCACCACGAAGCCCAUCCACGAGUUCUUCAAGCCUUACCUCAAGAGCACUGUUCCCGCCAAACGACCGUCACCCUCUGCCCCAGAGCGAAAGCGAAAGGAAGCCGAGUCCUCGCGCAGAGAUGACACCAACAAGGCGGCACCCACCACUCCACGGGCAGGAAAGCGGACUAUCGAUCACUAUGCAACAAGAACACCCCCCUCGACCGUUCUGUCACCCAGGUCUGCGCCAGGCUCGCGCACUUCUCUGUCCAUUCGCAGCCGAACCUCGCACUCCAAAGAUCCGAUAGAGCCUCCCUCAACGUACAAACGGGCCCCCCGAUUUGACGCGGUCGCCCUGGAGGAAGAAGAAGAUGGUGACACUUCCAAGGGUCAGGCCAAUCGCUUCUCAUUCAGCGACUUGACAAGCUCGACCCAAACAGUCGUUAAGGACGGCAAAGUGAUUGAGGUCCUCGACUCGGACGAAGACGACAAGGACUCGUUGGAGUCGCUUGAGGAUUUGUUUGGGAGGAAAAAAGACGGCCGCAGUACGUCGCUGUCGUCCGGUCUUGGAGCUGAGGCCAAAGCCGAGGCCGAGCGGAUCAGGAUGCUGAAUCUGUUCACGUCGGGUCGGUCAGUCCCCUUGGUUGGUAGUGCCAAAAUACGGGCUCUGCGGGCGAAAGAAAUGGCACACAAAUUCGACAUUUCGGGCCUGAUGGACGAUCAUUUCAAUGACAAGGAAGUGGAGAGCAAGGUCUCCGAAGCCCGAGCAGACUUCGAGGCAGCUGCUCAGGCUGCGAGUGGGGAGGGCAACCUCAGGCUCGACAGGACACUUCUAGCGGCCAUGGCGACCACGGACGAUGAUGAACAUAAAGUCGCGAGAGUAAUGGACGCCUUUGACCGCACGGAAGCUCUGGCAUCUGAGCCAGUCUUCUUGGUCUUUGGAGUCAAAGGGUUGAAUGACUGGCACGAUCAAGAUCCGUAUAAAGAAGCCUUCCCCAAAGAUGCGAUUCCAGAGCACCUCUGGCGAGAGGGCGAUGAUGAUUCUAGGUCAAGGGCCUAUGUGUCCGGCUACAUGGCUGACCUCGCAGCGAGAGGCCUGAUUUCGGACGAUGUAUUGAACUGGACCUAUGAAAACGUCAUCAUUGAGCCACAAGACGACCUAAGACAAGCGUAUAUCCAAUGCUUGAAAAUUGCGAGCUCGUCCUGGACAAGGACCAACAUCAACUCACAGGCCGUCACAAAUGUCUUCGGGGUGCUAGGAGCCGAUGACACCAGUCUUCUGCCUCUCCUUGAGAUCAAGCGCAGGCAUCGACUCUUGAAGGAGCCCGUGCCACGCGACCCAAAGUACCUUCUUGCCAUCCUGGAUCUCUAUCAUUCCAUCUGUGCGGACAUGGACUUUUCGGCACUGAGCAAUCUGACUUCUAUCAUCUGUCGGCUUGCGAUCGACAGCGAGCUGACCAGUGACGGACGAAUCUCUUCGAGUAUUGAGGCGAUGCUGGAGAGACUUCUAUCACUUCCUGACGUGGGAAUGAGGUCUUUCGUUGCCGAUCGAGUCGUAUCGGACAUGGGUCAAUAUCUGAAAGAUGCUACUUUGCAAGCGCAAUUACUCUCUCAUAUCUUACCUACUUCGCCUACCGCAUUGCAGGUACGCAUCCUUCUUUCGCAGAUCUUUCUUCUUGGCUUCGACAAAACAAAAGGAACUGGAUCCAGCGCCCCCAAGAUUUCGCUGCAAAGGCUAGCCGAGCACGUAUCCAAAUCCCCCGACUUUGAUACACGGCGGCGGAAAGGUCCGAGCACGAUAGACUACGCUGCCCUCCGCGCGCGCACUCACAUUCUCGACAUUGCCAUCUCGGACGGCGGUCGACCGGCCGAAUUUGCCUCUCGCGCGGAUGAAGCCUCGUUCAACAAAUCCGUCGAUCAUCUCGCCAACGCCGUGGAAGCGACCCUCGUCGCCAUCAUCGACACGGGCGCCUCACACAUGACCCGUACAGAGUGCAAGGACGUUUUGCACGCACUAUAUUGGCGGUUACUGUACAGUGUGCGGACGGAGUCGAGGCCCAAGAGACACAUCUUUGACGGGAAGGCGGGCAAACUGAGGGACGCCGAGGAACUCAGGGUCGAAGAGCGAGGCAAGGACUUUAUGAGCCGCUUUCUGGAGAAGACCAAAGAGAAACAGCGAAAACGGGACAAGGGAGCCGAGAAGACCACGUCCAGGGAGGAUGGAGAGAUGUCUCCUAGGAAAAGCGGGAAAUCACUCCCUUCCACUUCUCCCCCGACUUCUGACGAGCCUUCAGAGACCGAGAAGUCGAUCCGCAGGCAACUGGGCCUGGACGACUGA